GUGGAGGCAGAUCCGGCAAGGGCCAAUGCAGCCAAAAUGGCUUUUUCCGAGAUGAGUAAGAAGCUCGGCGGCGAGCCUGACGUUGUGCAGGCCUGCAUGCGCCCAUGCCCGCCCGAUGCUUUGCCUAUCAUGGGCAAGGUCCCUCAUGUUCGUGGCGCUUACAUCUCCGCCGGCCACAACUGCUGGGGCAUCCUUUGGGCACCGGUCAGUGGUCUGGCGAUGUCGGAGCUCAUCAUCGACGGACAAGCUUCUUGUGUGGAUUUAAGGCACUUCCGACCCAGCCGCUUCGCAAAUGCUGGCCCGAGAGCCCCUCAGAGGGGGAGGAAGAUGGGAACCGUUCCCGUGGGUGAGCAGUGGUAG